UCUGUCGGCGCUGCAUCCCUCGCUCUGCUCUCCACCCCGCCCUGUGAUUGACAGGCAAGAUGUCGGUGUGGAGCGAGGCAGGAGCCUUCACCCCUGGAGCCCAGCGGCAGCAGCAGCAGCGGCGACAGCGGCGGCAGCAGCAGCAGCAGUGUUAUCGCGGGGAGCAGACCGCAGCCAGCCGCAGUGGGCGCCGCAGCCGCGCCAGUCGUGCGCACAGCAUCCUGAGAGUGCGCUGAGCGUGGAGACCCGCGGACCAUGCCGUGUCACCGCGACCGGGAGCGGGGCAGGCGCGCUCCUUUUUGACAUAAAAUCCAGCCGGUCAAAAAGAUUUAUAUACAUAUAAGUCCGCCCUUCACGGAGCCGGUGUGCGAAGCGUGAGCUCUAUUUCCCUCUGCCUCCUCCUUCCACUCCUCCUCCCCUUCCUCCUCCUCUCCCUCCUUCUCUUUCUCCUCCUCCUAAGAGUACAGACUGCACCCUACCACCUGGUUGGCUUCUGACAAACGGGCAUCUCUCCCUUUUUAGGGACCAGAGACACAGAGAAAGAGAGAGGAGAGAUUCUAAUGCAGACUGCCUGAUACUCCCCCCCAAAAAAUAAUAAUAAAUUUUGGCUCUUGUCCCCUCCUCCAACCCCCACCCCCUCAAGCUUGUGUGAGAUGUUGGGUUUCUUCAGGAGACACUGCUGAGAAGUCGCAGUGGUUGGAGAGGCGUAGGGGGGUGGACUCCCUCUACCUCCACUCCCUCCCUCCCCCUUUUUUCUUUCUGGGAGGAGGUGGAGGAGUAGGAGGAGGGGAAGGGGGGUUGCAGAGCAAGCGAUGGAUGAGGAAAACAUGACGAAAAGCGAAGAACAGCAACCUCUGAGUUUGCAAAAAGCCUUGCAGCAGUGCGAGCUGGUUCAGAACAUGAUAGACCUGAGCAUCUCCAAUCUGGAAGGGCUUAGGACGAAGUGUGCAGCUUCCAACGACCUCACGCAGAAGGAGAUCCGGACCCUGGAGAGCAAGCUGGUCAAGUACUUCAGCCGGCAGCUGUCCUGCAAGAAGAAGGUGGCCCUGCAGGAGCGCAAUGCCGAACUGGACGGCUUCCCCCAGCUCCGUCACUGGUUCCGGAUCGUGGACGUGCGCAAGGAAGUCCUGGAGGAGAUCUCCCCUGACCAGCUGAGCUUGGAGGACCUUCUAGAAAUGACAGAUGAACAGGUGUGCGAGACGGUGGAGAAGUACGGAGCCAACCGUGAGGAGUGUGCCCGGCUCAACGCCUCCCUGUCCUGUCUUAGGAAUGUGCACACAUCAGGAGGGAAUCUCUCCAAACAAGACUGGAUCAUCCAGUGGCCCACCACGGAGCCAGGGCAGGACAACAACCCUGUGUGCCCCCCGGAGCCCAGCUCGUGGAUCCGCACCCCCCUUUCCCAGAGCCCCAGGGUCCAGUCCAAAUGUGUCCAGCCCUUCUGUCACAGCAGCCCUACGCCUGGAGCCCCCGUGUACACCCACGUGGACAGACUCACUGUGGAUGCCUACCAGAGCUUGUGCCCACCGCCACUUCUGGAAUCAGGCCACCGCUCCUUGCCCCCGUCACCCCGGCAGCGGCACGCAGUUCGCACCCCACCUCGCACCCCCAAUAUCGUCACCACCGUGACCCCUCCUGGCACACCACCCAUGAGGAGAAAAAACAAGCUGAAGCCUCCAGGGACGCCACCACCCUCCUCUCGGAAACUUAUCCAUCUGAUCCCCGGCUUCACGGCGCUGCACAGGAGUAAAUCCCAUGAGUUCCAGCUCGGGAACCGUGUAGAUGAGGCCAACACGCCCAAAGCCAAGAAGAAAAGCAAACCGCUGAACCUCAAGAUCCACAGUGGUGUGGGCAGCUGUGAGAACAUCCCUGCCCAGCAGCGGUCCCCACUCCUGUCGGAGCGCUCCCUGCGGUCCUUCUUCGUGGGCCACGCACCCUUUCUGCCCUCCACCCCACCCGUCCACACGGAGGCCAAUUUCUCUGCAAACACACUGUCUGUACCACGGUGGUCACCGCAGAUCCCACGCAGAGACCUUGGCAACUCCAUUAAGCACAGGUUUUCCACCAAGUAUUGGAUGUCUCAGACCUGCACCGUCUGCGGGAAAGGGAUGCUUUUUGGCCUCAAGUGUAAAAACUGCAAGUUAAAGUGCCACAACAAAUGUACCAAAGAAGCCCCUCCCUGUCAUCUCCUGAUCAUCCACCGAGGAGACCCAGCAAGGUUAGUGCGAACGGAGUCGGUCCCCUGUGACAUCAACAACCCUGUCCGGAAGCCAGCACGAUACUCAGAUCUACACAUAAGCCAGACGCUCCCCAAAACCAACAAAAUCAACAAGGACCACAUCCCUGUCCCUUACCAGCCAGACUCCAGCAGCAACCCCUCAUCUACGACGUCCUCCACUCCCUCCUCACCAGCACCCCCUCUCCCUCCCAGCGCCACGCCGCCUUCUCCCUUGCACCCUUCCCCACAGUGCACAAGACAGAAAAAGAACUUCAACCUGCCAGCUUCCCACUACUACAAAUAUAAGCAGCAGUUCAUCUUCCCAGAUGUGGUGCCUGUACCAGAGACGCCCACCCGGGCGCCCCAAGUCAUCCUGCAUCCUGUCACCUCCAAUACGAUCUUGGAAGGAAAUCCAUUACUUCAGAUUGAAGUGGAACCAACCUCGGAGAAUGAAGAGGGCCACGAUGAGGCAGAGGAGUCUGAGGAUGAUUUUGAGGAGAUGAACCUGUCCCUCCUCUCAGCCCGGAGCUUCCCACGCAAGGCCAGCCAGACCAGCAUCUUCCUUCAGGAGUGGGACAUCCCCUUUGAGCAGCUAGAGAUUGGCGAGCUCAUCGGGAAGGGUCGCUUUGGGCAAGUGUACCACGGACGCUGGCACGGUGAGGUGGCCAUCCGGUUGAUUGAUAUCGAGAGGGACAAUGAGGACCAGCUCAAGGCCUUCAAGCGGGAAGUGAUGGCCUACAGGCAGACGAGGCACGAGAAUGUGGUGCUCUUCAUGGGAGCCUGCAUGAGCCCGCCCCACUUGGCCAUCAUCACCAGCCUCUGUAAGGGUCGGACUCUCUACUCUGUGGUGAGGGAUGCCAAGAUUGUCCUGGAUGUCAACAAAACCAGGCAGAUCGCACAAGAAAUUGUGAAGGGCAUGGGCUACCUCCAUGCCAAGGGCAUCCUUCACAAGGACCUCAAAUCAAAGAAUGUUUUCUAUGACAACGGUAAAGUGGUCAUCACGGACUUUGGGCUCUUCAGCAUUUCUGGGGUACUACAGGCUGGCAGGCGAGAAGAUAAGCUGCGUAUCCAGAAUGGCUGGCUGUGUCACCUGGCCCCAGAGAUCAUCCGCCAGCUGUCCCCUGACACAGAAGAGGACAAGCUCCCCUUCUCCAAGCACUCAGAUGUCUUUGCGCUCGGCACCAUCUGGUAUGAGCUCCACGCCAGAGAGUGGCCAUUCAAGACUCAACCAGCAGAGGCAAUAAUUUGGCAGAUGGGUGCAGGCAUGAAACCCAACCUCAGCCAGAUUGGCAUGGGAAAAGAAAUCUCGGACAUCCUGCUCUUCUGCUGGGCCUUUGAACAGGAAGAGCGGCCCACCUUCACCAAGCUCAUGGACAUGCUAGAGAAACUGCCAAAGCGAAACCGCCGCCUGUCGCACCCCGGGCAUUUCUGGAAGUCUGCAGAACUGUGACCAUGGACAUGGGCCAGCAUCACCCCCAAACAGCCUCUUCUUCCCUGCUCUGCCCUCUGCCACCUCAGGAGGCCCAGGCUCGCCACCAGGGGAGUCCCGACACAGGCCAGCCUGGGAGACCCAUGUGAUGACGUGAAGACCACGGAGGCUGACAGCAUCUUGGACCUGCACCCCUUUACUCAGGCAGUAUCAGGGACCCCUGAGCUAGGAUCAGACUGGACCAGUGAGGCUCCAGUGCAGGUACAGAGAGCCGCUGACUGAACACCACCCCUCUGGGCUGUGGAGACAAAGGCACACGGCCCUGUGGACAGACUCUCUCACAGGACCCUGCGCGCACAUGUGUCUACGUGUGGACGGGGCCUCCAGCUUUCUUUGCACCCGGACAAGCCUGCCCAGCUAUGGAGUGUCCCAGCUGUGCUAUCCCAGAACACAGGACAGGGAUGGAAGCAGGAACGACAGGCCUGCUCCCUUGAGUCAAGGCUCCCAGGUCAAUGUCAGAGUGCGGAGAGGUGGACUAAGCUUGUGAACCUCUGUUUUCAGAGGCCCCAUUCCAAGCUGGAAGUGACUGCUAGCCCCUGGGUGCACAGCUCCAAAGGACACUAGGCAGUUCUCUGUGUAUUUUUAGCACGGGGGUCUCCCUGGGGACCUUCCUUUGGCUUCACCUUCAUCCUGUUUUCUAAGAACAUCCUGACUCAACUCACUGCCCACCCUUGCCUGGGCAACUCGAGAACACCAUAGCUUCUCAGCUGAUAGGACAUCUGGGGGGUCCUUUAUAGCGGGCCGUCAUUCAUGGCACCCCCAAAGUCUGAGGCCUGAGAACUGGGGCUGUGGGAAGAGGGUUCUGGUACAUUCUCUUCGGCGGCGUUGACACUGCUGGAGUUGGUUCUUUCACGGUGAUGGAUACAGGUCCUGGGUAGGCAUAGCGGGCUGCAUGGGUGUGCGGGUAGCUGUUUACAAAGGUCUUCCUGACUCUCACCCGCUGCGUUCGAGUGGGGAAGGCAUGUGUGGAGUUUCCGUGGUCUAAACUCUGGCCUGGUGCUGAGUCCUCUGAGUGGAUUCCCCACUCAGGGCUCUGUGGCCCUGUGCCGCCCACCUAUUCUGCCCACUCAGCCCAUCUGCCAUGUCGUCUUUCUCUCCCCGCUGGAGAUGGAAGCUUUUCUGGUCUGUGUUGUUCUGCCCCACCCCUCCCCCACCACAGAAUCCCUCCUGAGGGAUACUGAGAACAGGUGGUAUAGAGUGAACAGAAGGGAGUGCCUUGAGGUUAUGGAUUCAUGUUUGCAAAGCCCUGUCCCCAGUGAUCAGACUUGACACCAGAAGAAAAGCUGUCCCUAAGCAGAGAACUAGCAGAGGUAGCAGGAUAGAGAAAUUUAGCCAAGCAUCCAGAAUCGCCCUCUUCCUUGGUGGCCCUAUUGGAUGCACACCCUGGGGCCAAGCCUGCUUACAAAGCAGGAAGAUUGAUUGACAGGGGUCACACUUCAAGGGAGACUUACCAUAUGGCACCCUCAAGCCUUCUGCAGGGCCUGUUCUCAAACCCCAUUGCAAAGCUCCCUCUACCUGUGUCAGGGGACCUGGGGCCCCACACAAAGCUGCUUCCAUGUGAACAUCUCUAUCCUGGUGACAUCUGUGUCUCUGUCUCGGCAUUCAUGCAUCUUGGAGACAUUUUACACACGUUCACUUAUGUCCCAGGGCUCCGAUAUCUCUAAGGACCACUCUUAUCAGGAGUUGCGUCCUCAUCUAAGAAGCCCCCUCCAGAACCCAUCCUUGUGGUCAGGGCUGCACUGAGACCUGCCCCAGCAACAUACUAAACACCUAGAAUUUAGUUCCUCCUUUCUCUUUAAUCAGAUCAGGACCUCUUUGGUCCAUAAAACUCCAGUCUGUCACACACCUUUGUAUCAAGAGAGGAAGUAAGAGAAGAGAGGGCCAGGGAAGGCUGAGCCACUGGGAACCAGAAGCGUCACUAGGCGCUGGAAGACACUCAUCUGCUUCCGCUGUUUGCCAAUAAUGACCCAGUAGAGGCCAGAGAGGGAGAUUUCUUCACAGGUCCAGGUUCCCCAGGGAAGUCAGAGGAAGGCAUCUCUUUACAGGGAGCAACUGACUAGUCACCUAGCUCCCAGGGCUCUGUCCUGCUCUGUGAAGGAUCACAGACUUAAAGAAACAAAAGUGUGGUGCCAACCUGCCUGUAAUCCUGGCACUGUGGAGGCUGAGGCAGGAGGAUAACAAGUUCGAGGACAGCCUGGGCUACAUAGGAUUUCUGAAGACCCAUUUGUGAUUAAGGACUUGAUUGGUUCAGGGAGAGCCCCAGCCUUCUUGGCUCCUAAGUCACUCUUCCGCUUACGGUACCUGGGUCCCUUGAGCCCAGGUCUGGGUCAGGUGUCUCCUCUUCACUCUUGCUCCUUCCUCACCUCCACAUCCACUGAGACCUGUGCCUCGGGUCAGGUUCCAUCCUUCCCUGGCUUCCUCCCUUCCUCCCUUAGCAGGCCCUGGCUUGCCAGUAGCUUCUUAAUGUGCAAACACUUAAAUCCUGAGACAAAGAACUUCAGUGUCUUCCCUGAGGAAGCGUCUGAGGCUGGUCUGUUCCUUUACCCUGCGCUGAGCCGAAAGAAGAGAGGAGGCCGUGGAGUUAGAUGCGUUUCCCCUUUAACUGCAGGCCCGUCCAGCACCUCACUCUGUACAGCCACACAGCUACCCACUCCACUAACAUCAAAUGGCUUCUGCCCCUGCCUCAUGUUGCAGAUCUUCAGGGCACAGGUUUUUAGAGGUGACAAGUCCAUUCUAGCCUUGUCUGGAGACAUCUCCUCUGUCUCCAUCCCCAGAGCUAAGCCAGAAACUCCAAGGGGCCCCUUGGAUUGCUCGGCCCAUGUUCUCUCUUACUGGUCAGAGGGGGAGAAUCGACCUGUCCAGUGCUCAGUCCCCUUGUUCUCUGUAGCAUCUUGACUUCUUGGCCAAUAGCAAAGCUAGAUGGGUGUUGCUAGGUAGGUGGCUAUAUUCAGGAUACUUAGGUCAGGAGGUGGGUAGAGUGCUUGUCUAAUACCACAAAGCCAUGAGUUCCAUCUCCAAUAACACACAAACCAGAUAUCAUGGUGCAUGCAUAAGUUCCAUACACAAGAGUUAGCGGCAGGGGCAUCAGAAGUUCAAAGUCAUCCUUGACUAUAUCGUGAGUUUGAGACCAGCUUGGGCUUCAUAAGACCUUGUCUUGAAGAGGAUUUUUUUGUAAAUUUAGGAGACUUGCCGCCUCCCAUCCCAUGUUCACACACUGCAUAGCUCCCCAAAUAUGCACAAAUCCAGCCUCCCCUCAUCUCCCAUAGCCCUUGUCCCUAGCUGCACAUGGUCACCUGAGGUGCACACAUCAAGCAAGUGCCACACACUUAACCUGGGGUCAUUGAGCUCCAGGCUGCAAAGUGGUUUUUACAUCCUUUGUAAUGGAGGAUGAAAAGAUAGUCUAAAGAGGAAAAAUAUGACUCAGGAAAAUUCAGUGCAAUUCAGAUUUCCCAUCGGUCCCGUAUUAUCCCCAGCAAUGACAAAAUUAUUUGCAAGAGAGACCCUGGAACCCAUAGAGUCAAACUAUAUUGUUGCUUGGUCAGGGGCCAACAUGGCUGACUUACGAGACAGGGGGCUGUCUUACUGAUGAAUAAACCAACUAGAGUAGAAGGGGCCGGAGGCUGUGGGAAGCAGCCUACAGGUGCAAAAGCUGAGAAGGGACAGGCAGCGUCUUGGCCAUGGCCAGGCGUUGUGUCUGCCAGCACCGUGAAUCAAGCCCUUGAGGCUAUUGUGAGCUAUCAGAUGUGUCAACUGUCACCCACAGACUGCCUGCACCCCACAACAGCUGUGAAUGUGAGCAGCGCAUGGAAAACAUUAAGGGGUUUUGUUUUGUUUUGGUGUUGUUUGAUGGCUUCCUUUUUAGGCAUCAGAGGUGCAGGAUGCCUGGCUAGCUGGACUUCAAGGCUGACUUGAUCAGCCAGCAAUGUUAGUACAGACACAGGCUGGCUUAAACAACACACACUCAUUUCUCCCAGAUCUGGGGUGUCUCUGCUGUGCCUUCUUGCCAUCUCUUGUCUCUAGUGUCUUUUUUUUCUAUGAUUAAUAAGAACACUGCAUUUCUCCUUGCUUAGGGUCCUACCCCUCUGACCUCUUCAAAGAUGCUUUCUGUGGGUGUGAUGUUGAGGGCUUCCCCAGGAGAUGCUGGGGAAAGACUCAGCAUGAGCGUUGUGGGAAGUCACCCUUCAGUUCUGUACCAAGACCCUGGAGGUAACUGAGGCCGUGGGUUUCAAUACCUGCAGGCCUCCCGUCUCUGGCUUUUUGUUCCCACACUGGCCCCCAGCUUGAAUUCUCAAACAGACCCUUCCUGUCUGUCUUGCCGGUCUUCAUUACACUGUCCACCCUUCUGGCAACUGGUCUUGUUGCCUCUAUGUUGGCGUCUGUGACAAACUACCACACACCAAGAGGCUUUUCACUAUCCUGUUGGUCCAAAGUCCAAAACAAAAUGUCCAUCCCAUCGGAACUCGCCAGCAUUUGUUUGCUGCCUCCUGACACGUGCUGGCACGUGAUGAAUUCAACACCCCUUGGCUUGUGGGAGCACCUCUCCAGCCUCUUCUUUUGUCCCCACUGGCCACACUGGUCUCCUUGCAUCUCUACCUUUGUGUGGCUCUUCUAUGUGGUCCCAGUCCUGAUGAACCAGGACACUGUGUAUGCAUUACUUUUCUUGUGACUCUAACCAAAUGCCUCAGAGAAGCAGCAUAAGGGAGGAAUUAUUAUAUAUUUUGACUCACAGUUUCAGAGGGUUCAGUCAUCUGUGGCUGCCUGGCUCUGUGUUCCUGGGCCUGUCUUGAGGCAGACUGUGAUCGUGGUGUGAAGGUGAGGAGGGGGAGCAUGUUCAUCAUGGUGGAUGAGGAGGGGGGUUCCUCAUGGCAAAUAGGAAGGGGAGAGUGAGAAAGAGCAAUACAGGGAGGGGUCAGGGUAAAAUGUCUCAUGGCCAUGUCCCCACCGGCCCACAUCCUUCAGCUGGGACCCACCUCCUGCCCUUGAGUGUGGCAUUGUGAAUCCAUCAAGGGCCUCAUAGUAGAUUACGUCAGAGGUAUUGAACUGUCUUCAGAAACAUCAUCACAGACCUCACACCCAGAGGUGCCUCGCUGAUCCCUUGAAAAAUAUCUUUUAAUUCUGUCAAGUUGACAGUCAAGGUUACCUAUCACAUCCCGUUACUCAAGUGUGACCUCACCUGAAGUAAUUAAUACACCUGUGUGACCCUGCUUUGAAUCAGGGCCCAUCAGGAGGCCCCAGGACACGACUCACAUUCUAGCACCCCCCAGUAACCCUCUUAUGUGUGGAGGUGUCACCAUGGCUCCCCCAGACAGAUUUCCCAGAACCCCUGGGCUACUUCUCAGUCCUACUCAAGACGCCAUGUCCUGUCCUUGAGUCCUGAAAGUCAUAGACUUAGUAUGUGCUUGGUAAAAAUGGGCCAUGUGGGCGCAGCAGUAAGCUCAUUGGGAUGAGGCCUAGAAAGAUCUGUGUAUAAUAGAUCUAGAAGAAUGAAGAUCUAGACCAAAGAGAGUGAAUGUGUAAUGUCUCUAAUUAGGGAAUUUAACAAGCUGGGAAAGGAUUCUUUCCUAGUAGCCGUGUAGCUGGUACCAUUUAGUAAACUGUUUGAUUCUUGAAGAGAAUCAUUUAUUCUCUAGGACAGCUUCCCUACCACAAAACAGCUGGACUUGGUAGCCCCAAAGAUGGACACCAGGAAAGAUAGCUGCAGGCAUACUGGUAGGCUCAGGAGCAGGGAGAAGGUAUGAAGUGCAGCCAGGAAAGUCAGGAUAUGUGGUGUAAGGUGUUGAGGAAAAAGAACCUGACCUUAACUGCCUUUUGGUCUCUUGCCUGUAUGAGAAACUCAAAAUCAAGUUUUAACCCAAAUAGCCUCUGAGGUCCUAGCAGACCCCAAAUUCGCUCUCCUCCUGAACCCUUAAAAUGCUGCUGAUACCAAUGUGGUGACCAGUAGGACCUUGCUUGGGCCACCUCUUCAUCUCUUGCCCAUGUGCUGAGGAAGAAUGAAAAAGGAGCCAUCAUGGACUUAGCCUAAGUGAAAUCUGUAGAGUAAUGCCCCUCUCCUGGGAGCUGGCAGCUUUUGUUCGUGGCUAUGGGAAAUUCACAUAUGGAUUCCUAGAUUUGAAAGUCUGAUGGUUUAAAUUAAUACUUAGUUUUCUUUUCCAUGACUUCAAAGGAAAAUUCCCAGCCUGGCUAUUUUCUUCAUGUCUUAAAAUGCCUUGACUUCUCUCCAUCAGCCACUGCAGGUGCCAGGAUAGGAGGAAUGCUAGGUCCAGCAUUGCAAGAGGGGACUCUGCCAUGACAGGCCAUGCCCAGGAAACAGCCCAUCACAAAAAUAGAUGUCUGUGAUAUACAGAAGACUAGGGGGCCUCGCAGGGGCCAUGAGUGCACAUGACUGUGGGCAGUGGUCCAUGCAUGGAGGUGAAGCUGAGGUCUGAAGGAGGAGGAGGAGGCAGGAAGGUCAGACUGACCGAAUUAGACAUCUAUUAAUCUUGGCACUGUUGACCUUAGACCUAGUCACUUCUUGGGUUCCUGUUAUAGCCCAGGCUAGCCUCGAACCCUUGAUCUUCCUGUCCCUGGUGGAGAAACAGCCACUAAACAAAGUAAUAGAACGUGACAGCUCUGUCCCUGAUCUGGGUGUGGCCGAUGGAAAAGUCUCCGCAUCACGUCUCUAGGCAGAUCCAGGGGAGCCGGCGGCCCAGAACUGGAGGAGCAGAUAGAGGGGAAGUGGGCACUGUAAGAGACUGGAGCUUGGUGAGCACUUUGGAAUUUGACACAUGUGGCCACCAAGUGCCUCCUGGGAUAAAAGCUGGGCCACUGGGACUCUGUUCCCUGAGGGUCAAUGAACCCCAUCCUCAUUCUGCCCAGAGUGGAGCAUUGGAUUUAUGGGUGUCUCUGCUGUACAUGGGUUAGUCACCGGCCCUUCUCCUUAAAGCCUGCCCUUGUCUGCUUUGGUUUCUCCGUCAUGCUCUCCCACCACCGCUCGUACAGAGCUCUGUUGUGUCCGCCAUUGACCCGCAGACCCAGAGGGACACACUAGAAAGUCCCACCACAGAUAGUCUGGCUGUCUGGCUGUGCCCCCUCCUCUGGACAUUGUGCCUCACUCCACACGGGGGCCACUGGAGCACUGACAUCAAGGACACACAGGAACGUGGAGACGAGUUGAUGGAAGGACUCCCUCACACCCUACGUAAUUCUCUAGAGAAAUGGGCAAAAUGCUGAUUUGUUAUCGAAGAGGUUGACAUAAGCCAGGGGCCAUAGAGACUCCCAGACUGAAUCUGUAAUGGGACCUAAAGUGUAGCAGAGAAUGCAUUAGCUCUCUCGGUAGGUGGGGUUUUUUCCGUUGAGACACAGAAAACAGCACCUUGGCCAGCUAUAGAACUCUCUUGGGUGGGGGCGCUCAGAUCUGUUUCUCCAACUCACACUUCUCUCUCUACUUCCUCUGGCUGACUGUGACCUCGCCAACAAUCUCUGUGUCCUGGGCUCUGCAGGGGCAUGCUUUGGAUUUUCGUAGCUUUACAAAGCCCUUAACCCUCCAUCUUUGCUGGUCCCAUGUAGAUGGCUGCUGCUGUCCAUAAACAGCGGCUCCUUAUCACCCUAGUCUCUGACAUCUCGAAACCCAAGUGAACGCCUCAUCUCAUAGCGUACCUCUCAGGAUACUCUGGGCACUUGCAGCUGAGACAGAGAGAUGGUAGGUUUCUCCCACCCAUUUAGAUGCUGAUGACCUGGGGACAACUGGAUCUCCCAAGGAACAGCUUGAAACAGCUUCCAGGUACAAGGGGUUGGCAACCUAACAGAGGGAACUGAGAAAUCUCCAGAAAGACCCUUCCCUGACCAUCAAGGCCUUUGUAGAAGCAGGAAGCUUUCCUUCCUGUCCCACAGCCCCAAGGUCAAAGCCAAGGCCGUCACUGGGGACACACAAGUCUGGCUCCACAGGCAAGCAGCCUUGCUAUGGCAGGCCAGACUCUGCAGCCCACUUUCCCACUCCAGAUCUGUUGUUCCUACUUUCCUGACUUUUGGUCUUUCAUGGCGGUCUGCUCUACAGACCUUUCUGUCGCAUGUCCCAACAGGUGGACAGCUCUCCAAGUCACCAACUUGAGGAAAAUCCCUCGUUGUAAAAAAUGGCUUUCUUUGUAAAUUACUCUGUUGUCUUUUUCUAAACAAAGUAUAUAUACCUAUAAAUGCUAUAUAUAUUAUAUAUGUGUAUAUAUAUAAAGACUAAUUCUUGUACAGCCCUCUGAGGACCUCAGGCCCACACUGUUUUCUCCAUGUCUGUCUGUAAUGACUGUUGCAGAAUGAGCUGAUGUAUGACCUAGGCUUCCCAUUUCCUUCUGGACCACUGUCUCUUCCUCUUUCUAGAUCUGUGUUAUUCUCUGUCUCUUUCACUUGUUGCCAACAUGUUUCUGGGAAAGAAUAUUUGAUUUAGAUGCCAUCCAAGAAAACAAGCAGAAUGGGUGUAUGGGUAAAUGGAUGGAUGAAUGGAUGGAUGGGUUUGGUGGAUGGAUGGACGGACGGAUGGAUAAAUGGAUGGAUGGAUGGAU